AUUCGAGGGGCGGCCACGUCCGAAAAACACCAACUACACGUGUGAUUUUUGCGGGGUGCCGGGCCACCGAAUCUUCGACUGCAACAAAAUGAAGGCCGCACGCGCAGAGUAUCGGGCACGCAACAGUGGCGGAAAUCUUCCGGCCAAUCAAAAGACAAAAAACGGGAGUCGCCAAGCCUUGGAGAAAAUACGGGAGGGACUCCAAAAGAAGCAGAAAGCUGUGGAGAUUAUACCGGUACCGGACAACUUGGGGACCAAAUUAAGGAGUGUGGAAAGAAGCCGACCUUUCCACGGAGUCAACAUCCUCUCCCGACACCAGCCCACAACGACUACCCGCUCCCCAGGGAAGACGUCGGUGGAGCUGAAGCAGCUCAAGAGGAAGCUGGGGGUCUACAAGAAGCUGCACAAACCCCGAACUCCCUCUACGGAUGCAUCCAGUUCUUCGGCAUCAACGACACGCACAGUCGUCAAGGAAACUCCGGGCCCUGGAGAAGAGCCGUUCUCCAAGCAGCCUCGGCCAGCUGCUAGCUCAGGAGCAGAUAGCAACGAAAAGGUGUGUACAGAUUAUUGGGAUGUACCCUAUGACCCCAUUAAUGAGACUAUCUUUGGGUACUCCGAGCAACGCCCGCCUCUCGUGCUCGAGGUCAUCUGCAAAGGACGACGCCUCCAAGCACUCGUGGACAGCGGAGCGUCUCAUACCGUCUGCGACAAGGCAAUAAUCGACCGACUUCGCGAAGACAAGUUACCAGUACACGGCGAAGCAGUGCUACACCUACAAAUUGGACCACUGCGCUGGAGACCUGCACUCCCCAUCACCAACAUCAAAGGGCUUGACUUGAUCUUCGGGCGAGACUUCCUGAAAAGAUUCAACCCCGAGAUCAACUGGGUGAACCGCACCGCAAGCAUCUACAACAAUGGACGGAGAGUGCAGCUACCCAACUGGGACGAUACAGGAGAUAUCCCAGUGGAGACACUCGCACGAUUCGAGAAGGAUGUGAAGCGGACCGACACCGGGUUCCUGGCGAUAGCAACAGAGGUGGAGAAUGACGGAGAGAAAGCCUCGGAAACUCCAGAAAAAAUCAAGGAAUUACUGAAGGAGUUCCAAGACAUUCUUCCUGACGAUCUUCCGAACGAGCUACCGCCAUACCGAACGCAUCAACACGAGAUCGUGGAGGAACCGGGUUCGAAGCCGACCUUCCGAGCACCAUAUCGACUCAGCCCUACGGAGCUGACCGACAUGAAGAAGCAGAUCGAGUAUCUCCUAGCUAAAGGACUCAUCCGACCAUCCACUUCGCCGUACGGUGCCCCAGUACUCUUCACACCGAAACCGGACGGAAGCCUGCGCAUGUGCAUCGACUACCGAGCUCUUAACAAGCAGACCAUCAAGAAUAAAUAUCCGAUACCGCGAAUCGAUGACCUGCUUGACCAGCUUCGGGGAGCUACGGUAUUUUCCAAACUGGAUCUGCGGUCCGGAUACUGGCAGAUACGGAUGGCGGACAACUCUAUCCACAAAACUGCUUUCCGAACUCGGUACGGAUCGUACGAGUAUUUGGUCAUGCCGUUCGGACUCACCAACGCGCCGGCAACGUUCCAAGCCGAAAUGAACCACAUUCUACGACCACUUCUGGACGAAUGCGUGGUGGUGUACCUGGAUGACAUACUCAUCUACUCGCGCGACAUGAAGCAGCACGUCGAACACCUGCGACGCGUCUUCGAAAUUCUUCGACGGGAACGAUUCUACGUCAAACUGUCCAAGAGCGAAUUCGCCCUUGAAAAGGUCCAGUUCCUAGGACACAUGGUAAGCGCUCAAGGAGUUCACGUCGACCCCAAGAAAAUCGAAGCCGUACGUACGUGGAAGACACCCGAGAACGUGAAGGAGUUGCAGCAGUUCCUAGGCUUCGCUAAUUACUACAACAGGUUCGUGCCACAGUAUGCGAAACUCGCGGCACCACUCACGAAUCUGUUGAAGAAGAACACGCCCUACAAAUGGGAGACGAAGCACCAGGAAGCCGUGGAGCAGCUGAAACAAGCACUAACAUCCGCACCGGUGCUCAUCUUGCCAGAUCCCGAACGUGACUACGUCAUUGAAGCAGACGCCAGUGAUCAGGCCGUGGGGGCAGUCUUGAUGCAAGACCAAGGGAAUGGACUGCAACCCAUUGCCUACCUCAGCAAGAAACUGCACGGGGCAGAACUCAACUACCCGAUACACGACAAAGAGGCUCUUGCUAUCAUCAUCGCCUUCAAAGCGUGGAGAUGCUAUCUCGAAGGACGACGAACGACCGUCUACACCGACCACUGCAGCCUGAAAUAUUUGAAGACACAACCCAACCUUUCCAGGCGGCAGGUCCGGUGGAUCGACUUCCUCGAGACACACUUCCACUACGACAUCGUGUACAAGCCCGGCCACAAGAAUAAAGCAGACGCGCUCAGCCGGCCUGCACACGUUGCCGCGAUUCAGGUCGAAGGGAUGAAUCCACUACUCAAGGGACUCUUCACACACGGGUAUACCAUCGACCCCGAAAUUUCCUUGGCAGAAAAGCGACAUCUGCUACAGUGGGACAGUGACAUCGCGUACCGGAAAGGAUCAGCAAAAAUCUGGGUACCCAAUUACCCUCCUUUGCGCCAGUUACUACUCGAAGAAUACCACGACGUCCUGUACGCCGGACACUUCGGUAGCAACAAGACGCUCACCGGUAUCGCCAAACACUACUACUGGCCCCAUAUGGCAGACGACGUCCAGAAAUUCGUCACCUCGUGUGAUACAUGUCAGCGGAUGAAGAGCAGCAAGCAGAAAAAGGCGGGACUACUGCAGCCUCUUCCUGUCCCAGAACAACCAUGGCAAGUGGUUAGCCUAGACUUCAUCACCGGGUUACCACCUACCUCCAGCGGUCAUGACGCCAUCCUUGUCGUCAUUGACAAGUUCUCCAAAAUGGGACACUUCAUCCCGACGCACACGACGGCACGCACCGAGGAGACAGCACAACUCUUCGUUCGUCACAUCAUCUCACAGCAUGGCAUCCCAACUACACUCAUCUCCGACCGAGACCCCAAGUUCACUAGCAAGUUCUGGAAGGAACUUAUGUCUCUUCUCGGAACCAAACUCGCCAUGUCGUCCGCAUACCAUCCGCAGACAGACGGACAGACCGAGCGCCUCAACCAAAUUGUUGAGCAACUCCUCCGAGCAGCCUGCAAGGACGACAUCUCCAAAUGGGACUUGCACCUGCCCGUACUCGAGUUUGCUUACAACAAUGCUACACAUGCUGCUACUGGACAGACGCCGUUCUUCCUCUGCUACGGACGCCACCCACUCACACCACAGAAACCGACAACACCAGCAACAGUCCAACCUGCACACGACUUCAUCACAACCAUGCAUCAGCUUUGGGAUCGGACCCAUAAGCGCCUCCUUGACAUUCAACAGCACCAGAAGCGCCAAGCCGAUCGCCAUCGCAACGACCACACCAUUUCCGUGGGAGACCAGGUGCUUCUCGACACCCGUAACCUGGACAUCAGCCAUCUCCCAUCUAAACUUCGACCUCGCUUUUGCGGGCCUUUCCUCGUUGACGCACAGGUCACUCCUGUUACCUUCCGCUUACGCCUGCCAGCUACCUGGAAGAUUCACAACGCCUUCCAUGUCCAACUUCUGAAGCCCUAUCGGGAUCCUAACACGAUCUUCGUCGGACGCCAACCGCCGCCGCCGCCGCCCGUCCUCGUCCAAAAUGAACCCGAAUACGAGGUCGAGUCCGUGCUUGCACACCGCCGACGUCGGAACGGUACCGUGGAGCUUCUUAUUCGCUGGAAGGGUUAUGAUCCUUCUGAGGACAGCUGGGUCUCUGAAACCGAUAUGGGUAACGCCCGUCGUCCUCUGCAUGACUACCUUGUAAAGCAGGGUGUUACUUCUACCACCCAGCUUUGAGGGGGGGAAGUGUGAGAGUACGACCUCGUUACACCACU